AUGUCCAGUGGACACAUCUCUGCUGCCGAGAACACCAUCGAUGGAUUCGAAGACAUCAGCCUCGAACAACGAUCGAUCACCACGACCACCGCCAACACUGCCGCCGCCUCCGCUGACACAUCCAAGCCACGAGUGCUGGUGGAAAAAGAGCGGAACGCCAUCAAUAUGAACGAUAUUAUGAUGGACGAGAUUCUCGGGGACGAUAAGCACGACGACGUGGACGCCGUUGUCGAGGACGCAAUAUCGAUAAGCACCAAUGUGAUCGAAGAAGUGGACGAGACGGAACUUUCCCGACUACGGCUGCAUCCGUCAUGUGAGGUGCUCCUUCCGGCGAAACCCUCGAGUAAGGAACGACUUCCUUCAGAGGAUGAAGAAGACAAUGCAGUUUUCUGUGAUGCUCGUGGUGACCGUGAUGAUCACGAUCGGGACCACAACGACCACGACGAUCGGGAAGAAAUAAGUGAGCAUGACAAUGUGGUUGUCAAAAAAGAAAACCUCCACCUUUCUGUGGAAAUGCCAUCGACAUCAAAAGAGAAUGAUGAAAAAGAGGAACGUCCAAAGAUGAUUGAGGGAGCGAGAAUCUGCAACCGUAGAGCACCGUUCGCGAGUCGAAAAGAGGUUGAAAGUGGGAGAAAUAGUCCAAAAUUGGACAAAUCAUCAGAGACUUUGCACACUCUGAAAAGCUCAGCUAGUCCAAGUGUGAUUCAAAUAGUGCCAAAGGAAGACGCCGAGUCGGACAACGACGAAGAGAUCAUUAUAUCGGCCGAUGUGACGCCGACAGUACAAAAACCCUUUGAUCCGCCUCCGGUACCGGCGACAAAAUCGAUCAUGUACGCCGAUACGUCGUCAUCGGAAGAGGAGAGUGACGAUGAAGCGAGUCGAGAGGUCUUGCCUCCUGUUCAGCGAUCUCAACGAAUCAUGAAUAUUGAUCAAUUACGGACGGAUCAGCUCGUAAAUGGCCGCAUUGGCAGUGACUCGACGUUGAACGGCUCCAUCAGGAGACCACUGGACACUUCAAGCUCUUCGGACGACGAUGAUUAUAUUCGGGAGAUCAGCAGAAGCAGUUCCAAAGAGAUCAGCGGCGGCGCAGCUGUCACAAGGAUUGUCGUUCGAGAAAAUGGUCUACCAGAUGUGCUCUCAUCCGGUGGUGUGAAACUUAACGUGGAAACGAUCACUGAUGAAGAAUUUUCCGAGAAAUUGAUCUAA